AUCCGAUUGGUCAGUCCAUGCGGUGGACAUGAAACGCUAGAAGUUCGAUGUCAACUGCUGCGCGCUUGUGGCGGCCGAAUUUGGCCUGGAAUGUUCAAGUGAGCGAGUACGCAUGCCUGAGUAUAAGGUGGCAGGAUUGACUGUAGAGACCAGCCUGGACUUCAUGUGACGUCAUGGACAAUACAAGCCGCCACGGACUUCAACCCGGCUUGGACCUUCAUCAUGCAAAACGUACCGGAUUCCUCCACCAUUGUUCAGGGCCGUGAGAGAAGGGAGAUAACUAUCACUGAGUUGCGGCCGUGGACAGCGUACAAGUUCAGAGUUAGCGCCCGUAACGCUCACGGUCUAGGUCCUUACAGUGUGCCGUCUGCUUACCACCAAACGUCAGAGGGCCCUCCCACGCUUGCACCUGGCAACAUCACUGCUGGCGAGGGGAGCAAACUCGGUGACCUGAGUAUUACCUGGACGCCCUUGCGCGAGGAAGACCAUGGUGGGGCUGAGUUUGGCUAUAACGUUUACUACCGUCUUCAUGACCGACCUGGAAACUGGCAAAAGGGUACGGUUGGUGAUGUUGGCUCCUUCGUGGUUCUCGUGGGGAAAGAAAACUUUUAUACUCUCUAUGAAGUCAUGGUGCAGCCGUUCAACCGGGCAGGGGCUGGUCCCAACUCUUCUGUUGCGACGAUCUAUUCGGCAGAGGAUCUACCUAUCGGAACUCCUGGUAAUAUUCUAAUCUUCCCCCACAACUCCACUGCACUCGAUAUCACCUGGAUCCCGGUGCCAGACACCAAGGAAGCCGUGAGAGGCAAGAUUCUUGGUUACCAGGUAAACUAUUGGGAAGAUGUAACUAAUCCCCUCAUCAUGAGCCACUACACUGGGGAAGCCUCCAGUGGAGCCACAGUCAUUGGUCUGUUGCCAAACACCAUGUACGUCAUGGAUGUACAGGUCUACAACUCGGCAGGCCUCGGACCAGUCAGCGAAAAGAACAAACAGAGGACAUACAACAGUGGGAUGACGUCACAGCCCACAGAAGUGAUGGUGUCGUCUCACGGUACAGACAGUGUGUACGUCACAUGGCGCGGUGUCUCUCGCAAACAGAAUGAAGAGACUCUUGUGAGCUACACGAUUUCUACCUGGCCGUAUACAGACAACAUUCGGACUGCUGAGAUCGUCUUUACGUUCAGAAACACGUAGUAAGAGGAUUGAAGAAAGAUGUUCUGUACAAACUGCGGGUGUGCCCAAUCAAUCUGGGGGGUGACGGCGCCAGUAGUGUGGAACUGCUUAUCACACUGGGGGGCCUGAUACGCUACGACACAACGAAAACGGACAUUCUCGCAGGUGUCGGUCGACAGGCGGCUCAUUGUGGACUGUAAUUCUUCUUCUCGCUUCUUAUCUACUGUUGUAAAUAAAUAAUCCUUCACACACGUGCUUUGGCUCUUGCUAGGUUUUUAAACUUCACACAAUGAAACUGUUGCUGUGUGAAACACAAUGCUUUCUCAACCAGGAGCCUGUUGGAUGUAGUCUUGGUAUUUGACAUUCAAGACAGCACCGCAUCUUGGUGCCAACAAAGUCCGUGAGGACGCUUCGGUAAAAGGUGGAGCGAACUGUAGGCUACAUUGGAGACAAAGCUUUGACUAUUGUUUCCUAUUGUUUUCAGUGGUGUGUGUGUGCAUGCGAAUGUGCGUUCUGGUCAUUAUUCAAUUUACCCUAUUUUGAUUUUCUUUUUUUGAUGCGAUAAUGAGAUCACACAUUUUGUAUUUUUCGAAUAAAAUCUUUUUUCUCGUU